GUUGGCUAUAAAAUAAAUCGAUGCGUCAUUGAGAAACUGAAUUAAUGCUAACAUCUGUUAAUAGCCAGGAAGAAAGAUAAGGGAAGGAGACAUGUAAAGAUAUAUGUAUAUUAAUCAGAUAUGUUAAUGAGAAAUAGAAGAACGGCAGGUGUACGCGUAAAAUCCGCUAAGUAAAUAUCUACGAAUGAGACGAGAAGAAUAUAUAACUGAUAGAUAAAUCUUGCAACUAGAGAUAAACGAAAAUAGGGUAAAGAACUUGGAAAAUUGAAUCAGCUCUCACGACUUUGUCCGAACAUAGGAAAAACAUAAAAGAUUUUGAGGUUGUUUUUUUAGUCAAGAACCUGCCUCGGUUAAUGGUCUUAAUCACAGUGAUAUCACAGUCUCAUCUCGUAAAAACUUCAAUUUUCAAGAAAAGAAAAGAAAACCUUUGAAAGUACACCUCCAUCAUGAACAAGUCCUUUGAUUCCCUGGAGAUAUAUUCUGUUGAUUUAGCCAGUCGAUCAUUAGGUCUGAUGAUAUUUGAAAUCACUUCGUUUGCUGUUCUACAAUUCAUGACCAUCACAGGCAACGCUUUAACAAUGUACAUCAUCUGGAAAGCACCAAAACUUCGCUCAACCUCAAAUUAUUUUAUAGCUUGCCUCGCUAUUUCUGACCUAGGAAUGGGCAUUCUUUCAGAACAUUUGUUGCUUGCAACACUAAUAGUAUCAAGAUGGCCGUUUAACGAAGCGGUCUGCCAGUAUCAAGGAAUUGUUGCCAUAACAAUGGCUGCUGCGUCAACUCAAACACUCGCCUGGACAGCCUUGAAUCGUUACUUUAAAAUCGUGAAAACAAAAUAUUACACUAAGGUUUUUACCAAGUGGAAGCUGAUUGCGAUUCUGUCAUUUACCUGGAUCUCUUCGAUCCUAGCGAACUGCCCGUACCUUUUAGCUGGAUACAAGUUCGUUUUCCACCCAGGAAAGUUCUUCUGUUACUUGACGUUAGAUGUGACUUGGUUUACUGCUUUUUUGGUUUCCAUUUAUGUGGGAAUUCCCUCAGCUGUCAUCGUGUUUUGCUAUUUCAAAGUAUUUCAGACUGUCAGAAGACAUAAUUCUAACAUCUCGAAAACCAGAGCAACAGGUGUCCUGAGUGUUGAGGAACUGAAAGUCACUCGUACUCUUUUCCUAAUCGUGGUUGUGUUUAUGGGCUGUUGGACACCGAUACUGAUUAUGGACUUGAUUGAUACUGUCCGUGGAAGAUGGUCUCUAUCCCGUUCAGCAUACGCUGCCUACACCUUCCUUGGGACAAUGAGCUCUGCUGUAAAUCCUUUGAUAUAUGCAUUUGGUAAUCAUGCUUUUAAAGAGGAAUAUAGGAAAGUUUUAAACUUUUCAUGGGGGUCGGUAAGGAAGAUGUUUUGCUGGGUUAGGAACGGAGCACAUGUUGGUAGUGUAAGAUCUUUAGCAAUUGAACAACCAAGACAUGUCRACGUUAACAAAAACAUUUCAAUUAAAGUCCAAAAAGUAAACGACAUAAAAGAAGUUUGUCAUGGGCAACAGGAGAAGUUAUCAGUUGAGCUUAACUUGUAGCGUAUCUUUUGUAAGGAAGAAAACACUUACAGUACUGACAGAAAGACAGCACUUGAAACUCCAAAGUAAAAGAAACCGGUAAUUAUCAUUUCUAAAGCACUUGACAAUAGAGAAUAUUGCUAGGUUUUAAUCACUCAGCUGGUCAAAGUCUUUGAAUCUCAUUAUCUGCCUUAAAGUGUGGUCAAACACUGACUCAUCACCAUGUAUUGUCAACCAGAAAGAAUUCUAUUAAAACUUUUUAUUCAGCUGAGAACAUUCUGCUUGAAAAAGGACAUGCAUGACGUCGAGGAAGUGAAAUAAGGCAAUUAGGUGGUGCAUUUAAUAAUUCAUUUCUAAUUGUGUUUCAUUUAGCGUCAUUUCAUUUGUCUCAUGCGGAAUGUUCAUGAGCUGAAAAUUUAGGCAAUAUAGAAUGACAAUA